UUAUUGCAGCCACUUUUUAUAAUAUACAUUUAGAUGUUCUUUUCUAUGCGAUCGAUUGCAAGCUACACUCUCUAUUGCUUUACUGAUGCCUUAGUAAAUCUCUCUUACUCUUCUUCCAUCACCAACCACAAACCCUUCCAACCACAGAUCCAAAUCUACACGCUCGUCCAUGCUGUAAUGGAAGAGAUUGUAGUUUCUUUUGUUUUAGAUCACUUAGCCCAGCUUGUCGCACGUGAAGUUAACUUACUGUAUGGCGUGGAGGAUGGAGUUGAGUCCCUCCGGAGAGAACUUGAAAUGAUCAAAGAGCUCCUCAAUACCACAAGGAGAGAGAGGGGAAUGGAACAUAUAGUACUGAACCAAAUCAGAGAUAUGGCCUACUUAGCUGAGGAUGUCGUCGACACAUUCGUAGCCAAAGUUUCCAUUUACAAGAGGAGAACCAUUCUGGGGAAGACGCUCCAUGGCUUUGGCCAAGCAUGGUUGCUCCACCGCUUAUCCGACAAAAUUGACUAUAUCAAAAACACUCUCAAGGAGAUACGCGACAACAAGGAUACAUAUGAUGCUUUCAGAGAAACCACUAAUGAAUCAGCAGCAGAAGAGGAGAGGGAAAGGCUGGAAUGGCUGCGGACUCUAAGAAGAGACGUGGAGGUAAAAGAUGUGGUUGGCUUUGUCCAUGACUCCGAGGUUGUCGUCAACCGACUCCUGGGAGAUAGUUCAAAACUUAAAGUCAUCUCUAUCGUUGGCAUGGGGGGAUUGGGAAAGACCACCCUUGCCCGAAAGGUCUUUAAUAACAUCCAGGUGAAGAACCACUUUGAUUGUCUCGCGUGGGUUUAUGUUUCAAACGAGUGCAGAUUUAGAGAGCUUUUGCUUGGCCUUCUUCACCAGUUUAUGCCAAAUUUUGAACAACAAUGCAGAGACAUCAACAGCCGGAAUGAGGAUGAGCUAAAAAAUAUGGCGAAGAACUGCUUGGAGGGGAAAAGGUAUCUUGUGGUGGUAGAUGACUUGUGGAAUAUAGAGGAUUGGGAUAAGGUGAAAGGUGCUUUUCCAGACAACAACAGAGGCAGCAGAAUAUUGAUUACUAGUCGUUCGAAAGAGGUGGCCACGCACGCUAGUCUUGAUGUUCCUUACUAUCUUCCAUUUCUCAAUGAAGAAGAAAGUUGGGAGUUGUUUCGUAAGAAAGUGUUUAUCGAUGGAGACUGCCCUUCUGAUUUGGAGCCUCUGGGAAAGCAGAUGGUUCAAAGAUGCUGUGGUUUGCCGCUCUCCAUCAUUGUUUUGGCUGGGUUGCUGGCCAACAAGGAAAAGUCACAUACAAUAUGGUCUAAAGUGGUCGAUCAUGUUAAUUCGUAUAUCAAUCAAAAUAAGACCCAAGUGAAUGAGAUAGUUCUCAAGCUGAGUUAUGACAAUUUGCCAAGGAGACUAAAACCAUGUUUUCUCUAUCUUGGGUUAUUUCCUGAGGACUCUGAAAUACUUGUUGAGCCAUUAUUGCAAAAAUGGGUUGCAGAGGGUUUUAUACAAGAUACAGGAGAUAGAGACCCAGAUGAUGUUGCGGAAGACUACUUGUACGAGCUCAUCGAUCGCAGUUUGGUCCAGGUAGCACGGGUGAAGUUAAAUGGAAGUUUAGAGAAGUGUCAAAUUCAUGAUCUUCUUCGAGAUCUUUGCAUAUCGCAGAGCAAAAAGGACAAAGUGUUUGAAGUUUGCACAAACAAUAACAUUGUAGACUCUACCAAACCUCGCAAACUGUCCAUUCAGAGUGCCACAAGUGACUACAUUUCUUCAAGCAAAAGAGACCAUUCAUGUGUUCGUUCCCUGCUUCUCUUUGGGACACAUGAUGAUGAGUGGAAAUGGCUUGUGGACGAGUUCAAAUUGGUUCGAGUAUUACAGUUUGGAUCUAUCUAUCUCCAAGCGAUCCCUUCCAUUCUAGGGAACUUCAUCCACUUAAGGUACUUGAGAAUAGAAAAUGUUAUUGUUUACUUUGUUCCAGAUUCAAUACUUAACCUUUGGAAUCUACAAACCAUAGACCUGGGUAUUUUCAAAUAUAGGCAAGCAGUUUCUUUCCCUGCUCAAAUGUGGAAACUUAAAUAUUUAAGACACUGGAAUUCAUCAGGGCCUAUCGAGUUGCGAGGAAGAUGUUUACAAUCAGUUGAGAAGAUGUGGAAUCUUCGAACCAUGUCUCCCCUUACACUCAAUAAGCAAGCAAUAUCUCUAAUAAGGAAUGGAACAUUCCCCAAUAUUAAGAGGAUGGGGUUGAGCGGGAGUCAUGAUUGUGAAGAUGAAUUACCCAAUUUAUUGCAGUCCCUACAACAAUUAGAACAUUUGAAUUCAUUAGUGAUUUUUCCCCAAGGUUUUUUUGAUAUCAAUCCCCAAGAAUUGGUUCAAAGGCUAGAACAAUACAGUCAUCUAACUACCUUAAGAAUUGAUUGGGUUAAGGAUCUUCUAACCUCUGAGCUCAUAUUUCCCCCAAACAUUAUAGAGUUAACUUUGUCAAGGAUUGAACACAUUAGUGAUGAAGGGAUGAAUGGUCUGGGAAAUCACUCCAAACUCAAGAUUUUAAGACUUUUGGGAAAUCUAGAUAGGUUUAAUGAUCCCAUUGACCUCAAUUGUGUCGGCUUCCCACAGUUGGAAGUGUUGAAAAUGAAAGAAUUGAAGCUUCGAAAUUGGAAAUUGGGCAAUGGUGCAAUGAGGAAGCUUCAACAUGUGAUUAUUAAAUUUUGUGGACCAUAUAUUAAUCUCCCAACUGAACUCUGUUCUUUGAAUGGAUUGAAACAAGUGCAUAUAGAAAGCAAUAUCGUACAAGUGACUGAACAGGUGCACGACAUCUUACGAAUAUUGGAAACAGAUAAUAGAGUUCAAGUCUUUAGAAGCUUUUAUCCAGCUUUGGAUGAAGAGAAUGAUUGGGAAUCUCAUUAUUAGUAGCUCAUUUGCCUUCCAUUUAUGUCUUUUAUUCUUCCUUUCUUUCUUCAAUUUAAGUUUGCACUCAGUUUUUUAGUGUGUACACGAGAAUUCCAGCAGCUGUUCUGAUAUCUAUAUCCAAUUUAUCUUUAAACAUUC